AUGCCGGGUACACCGUGCUCGAUCGAGUACGCGAUGUUAUGGGCAGGUAUAACAGCGUUAAGGUUAAUACCGCUUUCAACGGCGAGUUCGUCUUGGGCGACAACGGUGAACGUAAACAGGUAUAAUCCUAUGCACGCCGGAUGUCGCGUCGAGAUACCGCGAGAGAUCAAGUUGAAAAGAGCGGUGAUUAAUGUACGAUCUACGGAUAACGCGUUUUUCGCGUGGGCGGUAGUCGCCGCUCUAUAUCCGGUCGAAAGACACACGGAAAGAAGCUCGCGGUAUUCUCACUACUCAACGGUGUUGAAUCUGGAGGGCGUCGAGUUUCCCAUGAAUUUGAACGGAAUCACCAGCGCGGACUGCGGAAGAAUGAACGAGUGCUCGAUCGUCCUUCCUAUCGAAGACGACAAGUGGCUAAAUUUUCGCAACCAUAAUAGAAAGGAGCGACUUCCGUUCGUGGUGUACGCCGAUCUGGAAUGCGCGCUAAAGAAGAAGGGGGAGAAGAGAACAUCGAACACAUCCAUCGUUCAACAUCAUAAGGUCUAUAGCGCGGGAUAUUACGCGCAAUGCGCGUUCGACGACGCUAAAUCAGUGUACAGAGCUUAUCGCGGCGAGAAUUGCGUAUCGUGGUUCGUCCGGGAACUGUACGAUCUGGCCCUUAGCGCGAGGAUUAUUCUCGACACCUAUGUGCCUAUGGCGGAUCUUACGACGGAUGAAUGGGAAAGAUUCAAGAACGCGACGCAUUGUCACGUGUGCGAAAAACCGUUUGAACCGGAAGAUGCUCGCGUAUGCCAUCACAGUCAUCUGACCGAACGAUAUAGAGGUCCCGCGCAUUCGAAUUGUAAUCUAAAUUAUAAGGAAUCGUACGUCAUUCCUAUAUUCUUUCACAAUUUAUCGGGCUACGACGCGCAUUUCAUCAUCAGAGAUAUGGCUAGCGCCUUUCCCGGUAGCGUCGAAUUGUUGCCGCUGACGAAGAAAACGUACAUCUCCUUCACGAAGAACGUCGAACACGCAUCGAACGGGAGAUGGUUCGGGAGACGGGAGAAAUUGCGUUUCGUGGAUUCCUUCAAGUUUGUAAGCGCGAGUCUCGAAAAAUUAGCGUCGUACCUCGACAAGAGCGAGCUGACGAUCACGCGUUCUGAAUUUUUCGAUCUCCACGACGCCGAUUUCGAGCUCCUUACGCGAAAAGGUGUAUUUUCGUACGAUUAUGUCGACAGUGUUGAUAAGUUGCGGGAGACUUGUCUACCGCCGCGCGAGGCGUUCUACAGUUCGUUGACCGGUGAUAUCGUAUCCGCUGGUGAUUACGCGCACGCGAUAAGAGUCUGGGAGCGGUUUCGCGUCGAGACGUUGGGUGACUAUAGCGAUCUGUAUCUGAAAACCGAUGUUCUUCUAUUGGCCGAUGUCUUCGAAAAUUUUCGCGACGCGAUCUGUGCGAAAAGUUAUGGUUUAGAUCCCGCGCACUAUUACACGUUACCUGGAUACACGUGGGACGCUAUGUUAAAGCAUACGGGCGUUCGAUUUGAGCUGUUAACCGACAUCGAUAUGAUAAUGUUCGUGGAACGCGGAAUACGCGGCGGGCUAAGUCAGUGUUCCAAUAGAUACGCGCGCGCUAAUAACAAGUACGUACAGUCGUACGAUCCCUCGGAACCACCGUCGUAUCUUAUGUAUUUCGACGUAAAUAAUUUGUACGGAUGGGCGAUGUGUCAAUCGUUGCCUUGCAAAGAUUUUCAAUGGGUCGACGAUGUUACGAGCAUCAACUUAAUGUCCAUAACGUCGAACUCGCCUAUCGGUUAUAUUCUAGAAGUCGAUCUUACGUAUCCGCUCGACCUUCAUGACUCUCACGGUGACUUGCCGUUUUGCUCGACGCGCGAUAAGCCGCCCGGAAAACGACAGAAUAAACUUCUCGCCACGCUGUACGAUAAGCGCCAUUACGUGACGUAUUAUCAUACAUCGAACUGA